AUGGCAGAGGCUCCGGCCUCUCUGACGCUGGAUCCUGACACAGCGAAUCCCUACCUCAUCCUGUCUGAGGAGCUGACCAGCGUGAGGACCGGAGACACAUGGCAGCAGCUCUCUGACUCCCCGAAGAGGUUUAGUAAAUAUCUCAUUGUCCUGGGGUCUGAGGGUUUCACAUCAGGGAGACAUUAUUGGGAGGUGCAGGUGGCCAACAGGACAGAGUGGGAUGUGGGAUUGGCCCGAGAGUCCGUCAACAGGAAAGGAAAGAUCACGCUGUCACCAGAGGAUGGAUUCUGGGCUGUGUGUCUGAGAAACGGGGAUGAAUAUGAAGCUUGUACCACACCGUGCACCACCAUCCUGCCGCUGAGAGAGAGACCCGGGAAGCUGGGAGUUUACCUGGACUAUAAGGGGGGAGAGUUGACAUUUUACAACGUUGAUAACAUGUCUCAUCUCCACACUUUCCACAACAGGAUGAAGCUGCCUGAUAUGGCGAAGAGUAAGAUGAUGGAUCUUCUUCGGUUCUCCAUCUCUGCAUCAUUGCCACUAUUACCUUUCUGGUGCAGGAGGUUUCUGCGGAUUCUGUUGGCCGCUAAAAUGUGUCUGACUGUCACCACGUUCAUCAGCAAAAUCAGAAAGAAUGGAACAAACGGGGUUAUUAUUGUGACAAACCAGUGA